GCGAGAGAUAGAAGUUGUGGUUUAUAAAAUCAUUAUUUUUCUGAGCAUGAACAAGUAAUUAGUAUGCGAUUCUAAUAAAGCAUUUUUCAAGAAGACGUUAGUGUUACUAUUGGUAUAUUUUGUGGAAGUUCUACAAUUACUAGAAACUAUAUUUGCAAGCUUGUGUGGAAUCACCAGCAGUCAAUGAAUUGGCUGGAUAACUAGAGUGCUUGAAUUAGAUGAAUAGUUUGUCUGGGGCAUCCAGUUUACUACAAAAGUCUACCCAAAGAACUUGGAACUGUGUGCUAAACUUUGCAAAUUUAAUUUGGAGUACUAUAUAUACAAGUCAAUUAACAAUGCAUGAAUCUAGAAAGAGAUAUCAUUCCCAUUCUAGAUCGAGGUCAAGAUCACACUCCAAGGACAAAAGUUAUGAUCGUAAAAAGUUAAAAAGUCAUGUGAAUGGAAAAGAGCGUGAAGGAAAGCGGAGGAAGGUUGAUGCGUUUGAUAGUCCAUCAUAUAAGAAGUCUGUUAGCAGUCAAAGGGCUCAUAGAUCAAGGCAGUAUGAAAGAGGAACUAGUGGGGAACGCAGGUACAAAAGAAGUCGCAGAAGGUCUCGCACGUCUAAGAAACAUCGUCACUACCAUGAUAAGAAAAAGCACAAGAAAUCCAGUUCUUCAGAGCAGCAGGCAUCAAGAAUUGUGUCAGUCGAAGAUGAUGAUGAGGGGCAUCUUAUUUAUGAAGCAGGAGAUACAAUUAAAGGCAGGUACAAAAUUUUAGGUACACUCGGAGAAGGUACAUUUGGUAAGGUAGUCAGAGUAAAGGAUAUGGAAAUGGAUCAUUACAUGGCACUUAAGAUCAUCAAAAAUGUUGAAAAGUAUAGAGAAGCAGCCAAAUUGGAAAUAAGCGUUUUAGAAAAGUUGGCAGAUAAGGAUCCAAGUUGUGAACACCUUUGUGUGAAAAUGUUGGACUGGUUUGAUUACCAUGGACAUAUGUGCAUUGCUUUUGAAAUUUUAGGCUUGAGUGUCUUCGACUUUUUGAAGGACAAUAACUAUCAACCGUAUCCAUUAGAGCAAGUACGAGAUAUAGGUUAUCAGUUGUGUUAUGCAGUAAAAUUUUUACAUGAUAUUAAGUUGACGCAUACUGAUCUUAAGCCCGAAAAUAUUUUAUUUGUGGAUUCAAGCUAUGAUAUAGUAUACAAUAAUAAAAAGAGAAAGGAUGUAAAGAAAGUGAAAAGAACUGAAGUACGUUUGAUCGAUUUUGGCAGUGCUACUUUUGAUCAUGAACAUCACAGUACAAUUGUUUCAACUCGUCAUUAUAGAGCUCCAGAAGUUAUAUUAGAAUUAGGUUGGGCACAACCUUGCGAUGUUUGGUCAAUAGGGUGUAUUUUGUUUGAGCUAUAUUUAGGUAUAACACUUUUCCAAACUCAUGAUAAUAGAGAACAUCUUGCAAUGAUGCAAAGAAUUCUAGGGGAAAUCCCGGUUAGAAUGGCUAAAAAGACCAAAACCAAAUAUUUUUAUAGGGGCAAGUUAGAAUGGGAUGAAAAAAGCUCGGCAGGGAGAUAUGUAAGAGAUAACUGUAAACCUUUAUUAAGAUAUAAACAACAUGAUGAUACAGAUCACAAUGCAUUAUUUGAUUUAAUCUUUAAAAUGUUAGAGUAUGAACCCACUGAAAGAAUUCUAUUGGGUGACGCUUUACAGCAUCCAUUUUUUGAUAAAAUCCCGUCCCACCUUAGAUUACAUGAGCACAGAAGUAGUAGUUUCAGAAGAGAAAGAAGUGGUUCUACAUGAUUGUGAUUAUCUUACAGUCCUAAUAUUUAGGUAUUCAAAAUUUACAAUUUGGGAAAGCUUUUAGGUAUUUCAAUUACUUUUAUCUAAAUCAUCAUAACAGAUGUUUAAGAAAUUAAUAUAUUGAAUGAAAUCAAAAUCUAAUAUAGUGUUUCUGAUCUGUGACUAUCAAAUAAGUGCCCCUGUUUUUUUUUUCAAUAAGCAUCUGU